AUGUCCGAAUCUUUUGCUGCCAUCCGAAGCCGUCGCUCCGACGAGCUCACGCGCCUAGCCAACGAACACAUCCAACAGGAUCUCCGACCCGAUGAUCGCGACGCGCUGAAAUCGGCCGCCUCCAGAGUGUCCUUUUGGACUGCCUUCGGCUCUGCGGUGGGUGUUGGAUUGGGACUUUACACUGCUUUCCGGUUAAGAAGCACGCGACAUGCUUUCUUCCAGGCUUUCCGCGCGCAGGAGAGACCUACACAGGUCGUCUUUGCGGAUGGACGGACAGAGUCACUGCCUGAUAUUACGCCCCUAUUGAAACCUACUACGUUUGGUGAUUUUGCGACGUAUUUCUUUGCGUCUGCGGGUGGUUUGUUCUUGGGUGGAGAGCUCGGCCUUGUUGGAGGUGCCGCCGGUGCGCGUAGCUCAAUCACGUCCGAACCCGAGAGGAAGGAGAGAAUUGAGAAGGCGUUCCGGAAGUUCCGAGCAGAUGUACUGCGGAAGGAGGCCGACUCUCUGGACUCGGGAGACAGCGUUUGGGAUAAGUUGUUUUAA